AUGGCGGCCACACAAGAAUCCACACAGCCAACCGCUGAUCCUCGUCGGAUGGGCAUGAGCAACUCUGGCUUCGAGGACCAAGAUGUGUCCGACAUCAUCUGCACCCUUCAUCCCAAUUCUCGUGUUGCCCAUGAUGCCGUUACUGCCACAAGGAAAGUCAGUCCUCAGCAUAUCCACCAGAGAGAUGAAUUGGAUGAUGAGUCUCAAACGCCAACAAUGGAUCUUGCCUUGAGACUAUCAUCCAGUGUACAAAAUCUAGGCAUGGGAUUCUGCUUUGGUCGAAAUCCAGCUCGCUGUGAUGUUCUGUUGACAGUUGAUGAUGCAGCGAAGCGGGUAUCGAAUGCCCAUUUUCGCAUUUAUUUGACAGGAGAUGGAAUCCUCAUGCUUCAGGACACCUCCACAAAUGGCACUGUCGUGGACAACUGCCGUCUCCGAAAAACUCAAAAAGAAAACAGCAGGAUGCUUGUAAACGGAUCCGUCAUCCAGGUUGUCAUCGGCGACCACGCCUCGGACGAGGUCCGUUUCCUGGUCCGAAUUCCGCCACGCGAGGGAUUCGCUGUCCAAUACGAAAGAAACUUGCUGAAAUACUUUGAACGAGUUCUGGCAGCUGCUCCCCGACACAAAGAACGUACAGGCCCCCACCCUUCUGUUUUAACAUGGUCAUCCUCGAAACCCUACGGGAUGCAUUGGACAGGUGGUUCAAUGUACAAUGUUACCGGUCAAAUUGGCAAGGGUGCAUUUGCAACGGUCUACAAGAUUGCGACCAAACAGCAAGGUGCCGUCUUUGCUGCAAAGGAGCUGGACAAACGCCGCUUCAUGAAAAAUGGCAUUCUGGAUCAAAAGGUCGACAAUGAGAUGAAGAUUAUGAGGGACCUCACACAUCCCAACAUCGUUCAAUACGUCGACUAUCAUGAACAUGAUCGGUGGAUUUACAUCAUCAUGGAAUACGUCCCAGGAGGUGAGCUGUCCACAUACCUUCAAACACAAGGCAGAAUUGCCGAGGAGAUGGUGAGGACCAUCGCGCGACAAGUGUUACGCGCUCUCCACUAUUUGCACAAACGAAAAAUUACCCAUCGCGAUAUCAAGCCGGACAACAUCUUGAUUUCUUCCUUGGAACCACUCAAAAUCAAGUUGUCAGACUUUGGUUUAUCAAAGGUGACUGAACAGGAAACCUUCCUGAAGACAUUCUGUGGCACCCUCUUGUAUUGUGCGCCAGAGGUAUAUCCUGAUUAUGAACAAUAUCGACGUGGCGAGUUCCGAAAGAGACGUCGUGUUGGAGACCCUCAAUCCGUUGAUAUGUGGUCUCUCGGUGCGGUUUUAUUCCAUAUUCUCUCUGGUGUUCCCCCUUAUUCUGGCCGAGCAGAAGAUAGAGGCGUUCAGAUGCUACGCACUAUCAUGACAAGUGAUGCCGAUUUUGAUGUUCUGCGUCAGGCAGGUAUUUCUGAAGACGGUGUCGACUUUGUCGCUCAACUUCUCAACAGGGAUCCAUUUUUACGCCCAACAGAGAAAGAAUGCUUCCAACAUCCUUGGAUUGCAACUGUUCCCGACGUGGACGACUAUGAAGAUGAUGAUUUACUUUCCGAAUGUCAUGGCGGGCUUUCGAUCAUUGGGGAAGAUCCCGAGGACGAGCUGGACGCUUCGCAAUUGUCUAUUGCCGAUGGCCCUGGCUUCGCCAAUGGAGCCGACGAAGACGAGCAUAACAGUAGUGAAGCUCUCGCCAAAAAGCCUCGCAUAGAGUACGUCCCGACGUCUGUUCGUUAUCCAAGCCUUCCAAAGAUUGAGAGCUUCCAGGAUUCUCAAGCCUAUGUGGAUCAACAAGCCAAACGUCUCUUUGGUGAAAUCCCCUCUUCAGCCUUGCAAAGCUCUCACGCAUUGGGCAAUAUUGGCGCGUAUGAUUUCGAUCACAUCCAGAUCGAAGAAUAUGCCUCUUCUGGUGAGUCGAUGAUGAAUGAUGACCCCAGCGACUCGAUCAUUUCCCUCCCGGAGAACCCAUUUGGUGGCACCGCCCCCAGCCUGAUGGGCGCAGAGAAGCUUGUUGGAGAACUGAACAUGAAUUCCGUGCAUUCAAUCAUGCAUUUCAAGGCCGGCGCCGUUAACGAAUCAUCAACACGGCAGACCACUCCUGGAGACGCCAAGGAGCCCGCGAGCCCUCCUAGCCUCAAUAACCGAAGUUCAGAUUCAGUUCCACCAACUUCUAGUCCCCAAGAAACUCCGAAAGCCAAGUUUACUCGUCGAAUUGACCUUGCGGUGCCCGACACAGCUAGCGAGGCCUCCACCGAUAGUAGCCCUCAGAACAGCCAGGAAGCUCCUGUUCCCGUAACUCUAGCCAGGCUGCGCAAACCAAGCUAUGACCCUGAACUCGCCACAACCCUUGAUGCCCAGACAGGCGAAGCCAUCUUGGAACAGUUCCAAGAAGAAUCAGAGCCAUGCGAGCCAAUCAUUCAUCAGCCCUCAAUAAAUCCGGAAUCUUUUGCCAAGCCGCCAAAACGAUAUGGCAAAUUGAGAGCGCUUCCUGGUUCAGUAUUCGACCUGACAAUAUUCCUGGAGAACCGACUCACUUCAUGGGGUCGUGGUCCGCUGGCGACUAUUCAACACACAGACAUAACAGACACAAGAAUCCCCGCCUACGCCCUGGAGCUUACGUUCUGGGCACCGGGCAUCGAGGCGAAGAUUGCCACCGGCGAAAAUUGGCAGGAAAUCCCUGGAGUUAUGGCUAUAAUCUCCACGAAGGCCCGCAUGGGCAUCCAUGUCAACGGCACUCUACUCCAACGAGGCCCACCGAACGAAAAUAGGCCGAAUCAGUUGCCCUUUGGAAAGCUCUACAAUGGCGACGUAAUUACUGUGUACCGACAUAAAAAGAAGUUCCUCAAACUUCAAUGUGAAUUCACCUUCGGCGAUAGUGCUCAGUCCCGGCCCGCGAACGAACCUUUUUCGAUGCGGCAGGGCUUGAUGACCAAAGCCGGAGCCGCGAACCGACUGCCGACUCGGUCGGCGCAGAAAUAUCGGGAUCGGGAUUGA